AUGUCGCCCUUCGCCCGUCUCCCCCUCGACGUCGUCCACAUCAUCUUCCUCUACUGUCUCCCGACGGAUCACAACCCCUACAUAUGUGUAGCGGAACCGCCGAUGCUGUUAACCCACGUCUGUCGCAGAUGGCGUGAGGUCGCCUUCGACAUGCCCUUGCUAUGGGCCAGCAUCCACGUCCACAUCCCGUUCUAUCCCGAGCUACCAGCAAGCCUCGCGCCCCAGGCGGAGUACCGCGGGCAACCCGACACCGUCGACCAGCUCGAACCCGCCCAGCGAGCGGCAUACCUCAGUGACGUGUUCUACUGGGAGUCAAAAAUGCGAGAUCUCAAGGAUAUGGUCGUUCAGUGGCUCGCUCGGGCCAAAGGCUGCCAAAUCUCGCUCUCGCUGUCCCAGUUCACCAACCUGCUCGACAACGCCAAAGGCACCAGCCAGGUUAACGACGUGGUGGCCGUCCUCCUCGCGUACUGCGGUCAAUGGAAGUCUGUCGAGCUGUACGCGUCAUCUCCGACAAUCGCCCAAUUCCUGGCAGUGCACACACAGGACGCUCCCCAUCUGCAGCGCAUUUCAAUCAAAUGGCAAACCCCGAUGGAACGCAACCUCAACCGCGGCGCCAACAAGGUUGCGCUAGUCUCGCCGGAGGGGCUAAUGACAGUGCCCGAGCUCAAGUCUCUCAGUUUACAAAUCCUUCCUCGGAAUAUUAUGAGUCUGCCAGUCCGGUGGGAAGGACUGACGGAGCUUAUUUUCGAUGAAUACUUUUACGGACUUGAUUCGGAGAGCUUGAGGCGCCGCUUCCUUCCCUCGGACGCGCUUGACUUGCUCGCCCUUUGUCCCCGCCUUGUUCGCUGCCGCCUAGCUAUUGGCCGAGGCAGGAUGAUAGGCGCUUCACCGCCCCAGUCUCCUUUGACUUCCCCUUCGUCCAAUGGCAAUAACUCGAGCCUGGGGUCGGAUCGGACCCCGGUACGUAAAUUGAUCCCUCUUCCUUGUCUCGAGCAUCUCGCCAUCGACGAAGGGAUCUCCCUCGGAGACUUCUUCCUCUGCCUCCACCUCCCCUCACUCAAGGAGGUGGUGUUUUCAACCGCACUCACUCCUUGUGAAGACGAGACCCCGUCACAUUCCCAGCAAUCCGGCCAGUCCACAACAUCGGCACCCAUUGCAGUUCCAGGAGUCACCGGCCAGUUGCCCUAUACCCAACAAGCAUCCUCGUCCUCUCGUCACGCUGAUGCAUCUUCCCCGCUUAUCGACCUCCUUUCUCAAUACGGUCGGAACCUCGAAAAGCUCACAUUCGACGAAGCAGGGCUCUCGUUACGAGAUAUCGAACGUGCUCUGGAUCUGGUUCCCAACCUGACGCAUCUGACGAUGAAUAGGAAGAGCAUGUCGCGGUGGUCGAGUGUAGGUUUUGGGAUGACUGGUGGGAGACAAAGGGCGGCGCCUGGGUACCUGAGCAAAGGGUUGCUGGAGCGCUUGACACCCAAGCCUGUCGCCGGCGGCAGCCACAUCAAUACUGCGACAGCCAGUCUCUGCCCUCGACUCAUAUCAUUCUCGGGCAAACUCUCAGCGCCAAUCGAAAUGCAAGACACGCUCAUCGAGUUCAUUAAAUGGCGACGAUACCCCUGGGCCAACACGUACCACCCCUCCUUAUCCAACGCUCCCCCUCCAGCGGUCCUCCAAAAAUGCACCAUCAAUUUCAGCUCAUACUCAUCCCCCACAUCGAGUUACGACGUCCAAGAUCUGAAAGACAUUUCAGCCGAACUGUCAAGUCAGAAUGUGGAUAUGCACGAGUUUGAUUUGAACAUCAUCUACCCGAAUGUUGGGUAUGCGAUGCCGUUCAAGACGGGCGGGGGAAGUGGUGGUGGGAUGGGAAGUGGGGGGUCUGGGAAUGGGAGAGCGUUGAUGUCUUCGUUUGUGCCAAAGUGCCGGAACAUGAGCGCGGGAGUGUAUGGGUUCUCGAGUUGGUAUGCAACAGGUGGCGGUGGUGGGCUUAGGGAUAUGUGGUUCGAGGCUUGGUGA